CAAAAUUCAAAUCAUGCCAAGCGACGGCAAACGUGCCGAGUCAUCACGAAGUCCGUCGCGCUACGUGCUCCCCAUGGUGGCCGUGGGUGUGAUGGGCAUGUGCUUCUUCGUCGUGGGAGUUGUCAAUCUACGCGGUCCCACCCCCCCAUCCAUGGCAUUUCGGCCUCACGUGAUCCCGUCCGAGGCUUUCACGCCGCGGAAGGUCCAUUACUUGACGUUGGCCGACCUUCCACGCCAGGAUAUCUGCCUCACGGCAUCGUCCAUCUUUACGUUGUCGAACGGUGAGCUCGAGGUUCUGGCGUGGAACCACAGCACGACGUUCUUUGACGGGACGUCGCCGACAAAGGUCGAGGUCCCGCCGCGCGAAGGCCGCGAUACGUUUCGUGCAGGUCAAGCGAAGAAGAUCGACUGGAUUGCGCAUUACAUUGCCCACCACCCAAACCUCCACGAAGACGAUAUUGUCAUGUACACAGACGCAUGGGACGUGACGAUUCAAAGCAACAUGAGCUCCGUGGGAUCGGUUCUGCAUCGACUCACAAACGGUCGGCGUGGCCUGCUCUUCAACUCGGAGCCAUGCUGCGGCGACUCGUUCGGUCUGCCAGGCCCGUAUGGCGACUACCUCCGGUCCACGUCGUUUGAUGUGCAGCUUUCCCCCCAUGAGCCGACGCAGCGCGUGCCGGGGCCGCACAUCUGCCGCCAGAUGCUCAUCAAGUCGUCCAUGUACUCGGAGAUGGGCGGGCCCAACUGGAGCUUGGGGUCGGGCGGAAUCGUCGGCGAUGUCAAGACCUUUCGCGAGUUUAUGCUCAAGGUGGUGCACAUCACCAACGAACAAGUCGCGCGGGCGGUCGCGAACCCGCUCGUGCCGUUGUAUGAAGGCGACCAGAUCUCGUUCCAAUUGGCGUAUUUGAGGUUUAAGAGACUGCCACGUCAUAGACUUGACGUUUGUAUAGGUACCCAGAAAUCAACGUGAUCGUGGACACUCGCAGUGAAGUGUUUAUGGUGUCGUCCUACUUGACGACGAACGGCACGGUGGAGCACUACGACAACGCCCGCGGAUGCGAUCCCGACUACUUUAAGGACGGCGUGCCGUCGAAAUUAGUGUGGUACGGCCAACAGCAUGUGCCCAUGAUCUUGCAUUUCCCAGGCGGGUACAAAAAACUGUGGGCAUCGUGUGCCGACCCCAUGGCCGAGUACUUGAAGCCAAGAUCGCCAGGCAAACACAUGUGGGACGUGGAUCGAAAUAUUAGGAUCCCCAUCCACUCGGUGUGCGAUUAUUACGCUUAAUCGUCCGAAUUAUCGACCAAAUCGGUUACUUUAUCAAUAAAUAGUUGUCGUCUCCACCGUA